AUGGUCAAGGUUGGGUUCAUCACUUCCUAUCAAACACUAUUUGCAAAAGCCCUCGGUCGUCUGUCUCUUUCUGCCACUCCUCUUCCCCGUGCGCCCCCUCGUUUCCUUCUCCAGCAACAAAGCUCAUUGACGCGUCACAACCUCUCGCAGCUACAGCAGCUCGCCAUCAUCACGAAAGCGUCCAAAGGAACCUACAACAACUCUCCUGUGUGCCAGCGUUCGUCCUCACGCCCGCCCACCAUCACCCACUUCCGCGCCACCACUGCCGCUGCCUCCACGCCCUCUGCACCACCACCACACCCUCCAACCCUCCCACCCUCCACCGCCACAAUGGGUGCUGUUAUGUCCGUCCCCGGUCCCACCUCCGCGUCCGAGUGGCAGCUGGAGUGGGAGGAAGCCGCCCGCGAGCGUGGCGGUCGCCGCCCUCCCGUCUACGAGGAGCUGCCCAUCUUGCGCGGAAUACCGAAGAUGAUGUUUUUGACAUGGCCGGCCAACGAGAGGCGUGCGACGCUGAAGAAGGCCCUGGCGUUGUGGGAGGAGGAGUGCGCUGAGGAGCAACGCAAGAAAGCCGAGCUGGCUGCUCGAGUCUGCGCCGCACUCGCGAAGAGCGACAAGCUGAGCGAGAGGUACGAGAGGGAGAAGCAGAAGAGGACGGAGAGGGAGGUGAUGGAGAAGAUUGAGGAGCCGAAGUGGAGGAAGGAGGAGGCGGAGAAGAAGGAGAGAGAGGAGAGAGAGAGGCGGGAGAGGGAGCAGAGGGAGGGAGCGGAGCAGGGAGAGGGGGUGAAGAAGGAGGAGGGAGAGGGAGGGAAGAAGAAGGCCAAGAAAGGGAAGAAGGCCAAGAAGAGUGGCAAGUAG